GGGCGGAGCAGAUAUUAAAGAAGGCUAAGUUAAACCAGGUUCAGGAUGUGAUGAUAUCCAAAGGCAACCAGAGAAGGUCAGACCCGGGAUCCCAGGUCAUUCUGACCUCCUUGGCCCUAAAAUGCCCCCAGUCACCACCCAUCCCCCCUAAACAAACCCAAUCUCCACCAAGCCAUUUUAAAGCUUCCAUAGAGGAGGAGGAGGAGUCUAUAUAUGAAGCUACUCUACUAAUGGCGGAGCCAACACCUAGAAAGAUCUGUCAAGAACUGGACAUUCCCCUUAUCAAGGUUCAGAAACCGGUCCAUUGGUCAAAACUGUCCUCCAGCAACUCGGAGGACAACACUUCGAUCCAGUCCGAUUCGGACCCAUCCCAAACCCAGACUAAUGAGGACGCCCCCUUGGCCAUCCCACCUCAGCUAGCCCUCGCCCAGGACAAGUCCAAAACACCCGGCCACAACCUUAUGCCCGUUCACAGGGGGGGUAUCGCCUUACCCCAGCCCACCGCGGAGGAGUGGCGCUCCCUGCGCCCCUCACCCGCCAAUCCUUCCACCAGCCCCAUAGUACUCCACCGGGCAGGCUACAGAGUCCCCCCACCUCAGCCCCCCAAGACAGGCAUCUCUGUCCAUUCUGUCAAGCAAGCUAUAAAAGAACAAGAGGAGGAUGGAAGCAUUGAAGGAGAGGAGGAGGACACAGAAAACGAGCGUGCCCCUCUCAGGAGAGGAUCCUCUAUUGGCUGGGAGUCCAGACAGCAGGACGUACCUCUGUACCAGACGUACCGUGCCACCGUCAUCCACAAGGAGAUCCGGCGCCAGACGGUGUGUCGCAACACAAGCAAGACCAGUGCCGACCUCCACAUGGACUGGACCGCGCGCCGGGGUGGAGUGGGUAUGGGGUCGGGCGGCGUGGGGGCGGUGGGCAUGGGCAACGGGGCAGCCAGUGCUACUAUUCCGUUGCCCACCCCGGGCCAGAGCACCCUGUGGCAGGACCUGCAAGAAGUACGGGACAGUGGGGUGCUGGAGACCCUCAACCCUGCACAGUGCAAGUACCAGGAGAGUAUGUUUGAGGUGUUGACAUCGGAAGCGUCGUACCUGCGUUCCUUACGCGUUCUCAAGGAACACUUCCUGGAAUCCCGGGAGCUGGAGGAGGUGCUGAUCAUCCGGGACAGGAAGACCCUCUUCUCCAACGUCCUGCGAGUCCUGGGGGUCAGCGAGAGUUUUCUGAAGGACCUGGAGAACCGUAUGGAAGAGAGUCUGGUGUUCUCCGACAUCUGUGACAUCAUCCACUUCCACGCGCAGCACAACUUCCCGGUCUACAUCGACUACAUCCGCAACCAAAUCUACCAGGAUAAGACUUACACCUCCCUCAUGAAAACCAAUGUGGAGUUUGCUGCGGUCAUCACCCGUCUGCAGGAGUCUCCUCAGUGUCAGCGGCUGCCAUUCACGUCCUUCCUGCUGCUGCCCUUCCAGCGAAUCACACGCAUCAAGAUACUCAUCGAGAAUAUCCUGAAGAGAACAAAUGAGGGGACGGAAGAAGAGCAGACUGCCUCCAAGGCCUUGGACUCUGUUUCUAAGAUCAUAGAGGAGUGCAGCACCGAGGUGGGAAAGAUGAAGCAGGUGGAAGAGCUGAUCCACCUCUCCAAGACGCUGGAGUUUGACAAGCUCAAGGCUAUCCCCAUCAUCUCCCAAAACCGUUUCUUGGAGAAGCGUGGGGAGUUACAGGAGAUGGCCAAAGGGAGCACCCUCUUCAACCUGCGUCCCAAGUUCACCCCCGUCUACCUCUUCCUCUUCAACGACCUGGUCAUCAUCGCCACCAAGAAGGGUUCGGAGCGGUUUGUGGUGUUGGACCACGCCCACCGCUCCCUGGUCCAGGUUCAGCCAAUAGGAGACGACCAGGCCUCGAGCCCUAGCUAUGAACACUGCUUCUGUCUGACUCUACUGGAGAACCACCAGGGACGCAUGAUGGAGAGACUGAUGAAGGCCCCUUCACAGUCUGACCUGCACAGGUGGAUAGCAGCGUUCCCUAACCCCAGUAAACCUGAUGGGGACAAGGAGGAGAUUAUCUAUGACGACUGGGACUGUCCUCAGGUGCAGUGUGUGGAGCAGUAUGUUGCUCAGCAGGCUGAUGAGCUCACCCUGGAACCCAGUGAGAUCAUCAACGUGGUGCGGAAGACCAACGAGGGUUGGUACGAGGGGAUACGUCUCUCCAACGGACAGAAGGGUUGGUUCCCCAUGGAGAACGCUAUAGAGAUCACCAACGAGUAUGUGCGGCGGCGGAACCUUCGAGAACGCUAUCGGGUCAUUCAGGCCGCCAGCAUCGUCACCAACAACAAGGCCAAGACUACCCCGUAAUGUGGAACAUCAGGGGAACGUUCCUAAAUAUUAAAGACCAUGACUUAGGAGCACCUUAAUGUUGACAGAACAUCCGCAGAAUGUUUACAUAACGUCACUAGAACAUUGUUGGAAUAUUAAACUGGAUAGGAGAGAGUGAACCAGUGCUUGCCAUGCAUGCUCCCCUGAAGAACUCUUAGCUGGAGAAAUGAGGAGCUCUCGGAGGAGUUCUUUCUUAUCAUAUCGUUCGAUUGGCAUGUUUUGUUUUUGUACAAAUUGCUCAUUUGGUGAAGUUAUGGGAUAAUGUUUUUUUCGGGAACUUUUACAUUUUUUUUUUUUACAUUUUAGUCAUUUAGCAGACGCUGUUAUCCAGAGCGACUU